GUGCUGGAUCACAGUGCUGUUCAGUGGGUGCGAUGCGUAGCAGAAGAACAGAAAAAAAAUCAACAAUGUAAAGGGUGUAAGAGACUGCUGCUGGAGUCAAUUCACCACAGCUGUAUCUGAUAGACAGAGCUUGUCAACAUUCGCAACUGCUGUUUUUUCAGUAUAAAUACUCUGCUUCUUUCCAUCUUCACCCAUAAAUGUUCUUUUCUCUCUUUUUCUCUUAUUGUCAAUUCUUAGAUAAUUGAUUUGCUUUUCAAAAUUCAUUUUUUCCACUUCAGAGAAUUUAUCAGUAAUUACGGUUACAGUUAUAAACAUAAUUGUAAUUAUAAUUCAAUCCAUAACCUUAACCAUAACUCUCUUGGACACAACACCAAGAAAAAUAACUUUAGCUACUUUCAGCAGAAAAACCCUUAUAUCCUUUUUGUUCAUUUUCUUUUACUUUUAAUUUUAUCAUCUCUCAUAAUGUUUUCGUAUUUGAAGCACCAUUUCAAAGAUUACUCAAUUGAAACCCCCUCACAAGCUCCAAUUGCUCCUGGUCAGCCCCCAAAUCAAAGGAAUAUUUAUCAACUACGUAAAAAUUUUGGUGUUAAUUUAGGCUCCAUCUUUAUUUUGGAAUCCUUUAUGUAUGGCGAUUUUUUCAUUAAUAAUACAAAAGCAGAGCUAGAUUGCAUAACUGAACAUGUAUCCCAAAAUGGGUUGGAUGCUACAAGACAAUUGCUAGAGAAUCAUUGGAAGAGUUUUAUGACCGAUGAAGACUGGCAAUAUUUGAAACAAAUUGGUGUAACUAGUGUUAGAAUUCCAAUUGGUUACUGGGAAAUUAAUUCUGGCUUUAUUAAUGAGGACACCCCCUUUGAAGAUAUAUCUGCCGUGUAUCAAAAUGCUUGGGACAUCUACAAGAAAUUUUAUAUUGAGAAAGCUUCUACUUAUAAUAUAUCCGUUUUAGUUGAUUUGCAUGCUUUGCCUGGUGGUGCAAACACUGGUGAUCACAGUGGUCAAAUUUUAUCUGAGCCUGAAUUUUGGAGCUCUACUAGCUAUAGAAUUAAAGCUUUAAAAUGUCUUAAGUUUAUAGCUAGCGAUAUUUUGCGUUAUGAUAAUAUAGCUGGUUUACAAAUUGUUAAUGAAAGUGUAUUUAGUAGUGAUGGAGAAAGUCAAGAUAAAUAUUAUAGACAAGCAAUCCAUGAUAUUAGAAAGAAAAAUCCAGAUGUUCCAAUAAUUAUUAGCGAUGGCUGGUCUCCAAAUCAAUGGGUUAAAUGGGUCAAUAACUUGGAGCUGGAAGUUGGUGGCUAUUUGGGUUUGGUUAUUGAUUCCCACGUUUAUAGAUGCUUUUCCGAAGAUGAUAAAAGCAAAAACCCUGACCAAAUUAUUAGUGAAUUGGAUGAAACUGUUUUUAAUCCUAAAACCUUGGAAGGUCAAGCGGAUAUCUUAGUUGGAGAGUAUUCUUGUGUGUUGGACUCUUCAUCCUGGGAAAAAUUUAAUGGAAAUAGAGAUGAAAAAGUCAAAGAGUAUGGUCAAGCGUUAUCAUUUUUAUUUAAUCAAAGGACAUCUGGCUUUUAUUUUUGGACUUAUAAGUUUCAAUACGGAGAUGGUGGGGAAUGGGGAUUUCCCAAGAUGGUCAAAGAUGGAGCAAUCCCACAAAGACAAUCCUACACUCAAAGAAUUCCUGAUGAAAAUGAAUUUAAUACUAUUCUAAACAGUAGUUUUAAUGAUCAUUCGAAUUAUUGGAAUAGUCAAAAUCCAAAUGAGGCAUGGGAACAUGACAGAUACAAAGAAGGAUUCAUAACAGGUUGGAACGAUUCCGUUGAGUUUAGCAAGUUUGAUGGGUCCAAAAUUGGUCGAAUCAAUGCUAUUAAAACAGCCAGAAAAAAUGAGCAUAUUUACGCUAGAGGCUCAAGCGAUAAAAUUUGGGAGUGGGAUUCUGGAUACACUGCAGGAAUUGAAGAAUUUCAAAAGGCUGCAUUUUAGAAAUAUAUAGAAACAUUAUAUUGUCAGCAUAGUUUAUAUUUAAAUUUUCAAUUGUCCUAGUCAGUUCAAUCUGUAAGAUCAACAAAAUCAGCAAAAUCAAC